CCCUCUAUCUGCUGCCAUAAAUGAUAGGUGGCUAUUUAGCCUUCUCUUCUCCUGGACCAGAUCUCCCCACAAAAACCCUGCUUUGGUCAAAACAGUUCAUUGCUUCAAAAAUAUUCAACUUUGAACUCAAACAGUGCUACCAUUUGGCCUUUGCUACCCUUCCCUCUCUCUCUCUUAUUUUUUUUUUUAAAUCUUGCGAUUGUGAGCAUUAUUAGUAUUUAGUUCUAUCUUUAUUAUUAUAUUCUGAGCCUGUUGCUUGGAGUCCCACUUAAAGUAAAUGCUCAACGACCAUGUUCACAUGCAGAUAUCACAGGGCAAUACCUUUCAUUUACUGCAAGGACCUCUAACUUUUCUUCAAGGGUCUUGAUCCUGUGGAUGCACUCAGUAUCAGAUCUUUAACAACAACAGCAUACUCAUCGUUGGAUAAGGAAGGCGCUAUUCCUGAUGUCAGUUUCCGAUCAGUCAGCCGUGUCAUCGUCAUCCCAACCCGUUCUGCCAAGGGAUUUUGAUCCACUAUUGAAGGAUUUGAAUGAGAAGAAACAAAGCUUUAGGCGUAACGUGGUGUCGCUGGCGGCGGAGUUGAAGGAGGUUAGGAGCCGUUUGGCUUCACAAGAGCAGUCUUUUGCUGAAGAAACCCUUACAAGACAGGAAGCCGAGACGAAGGCAAGGAACAUGGAAGAGGAGAUUUUUAGAUUGCAGACGAGGUUAGAGGAGAGGAAUGGGCAGCUUCAAGCUUCAGCAUCUGCUGCUGAGAAGUACCUCAGCGAAUUGGAUGAUCUUAGAUCACAGCUUUCAGUCACUCAAGCAACUGCUGAUGCCAGCGCUGCAUCAGCUCAGUCAGCACAGCUCCAGUGUUUAGCGCUUAUAAAGGAAUUGGAUGAGAAGAAUAGUUCACUGAGAGAGCAUGAGGAUCGUGUAACUAGGUUAGGAGAGCAACUAGAUAAUUUGCAGAAGGAUCUCCAGGCAAGGGAAUCUUCCCAAAAGCAGCUGAAAGAUGAGGUCUUGAGAAUUGAGCAUGAUAUCAUGCAAGCUGUUGCUAAGGCAGGAGCAAACAAGGACUGUGAGCUCAGGAAACUGUUGGAUGAGGUUUCUCCCAAGAAUUACGAAAAGAUUAAUAAACUUUUAAUUGUUAAGGAUGAAGAAAUAGCGAAACUGAAAGAUGAAAUCAGGAUUAUGUCAGCCCACUGGAAGCUUAAAACCAAGGAAUUGGAAUCUCAGUUAGAGAAACAGCGACGAGCUGAUCAGGAACUGAAAAAGAGGGUGUUGAAGUUGGAAUUUUGUCUCCAGGAAGCUCGUGCUCAGACACGAAAACUCCAAAGGAUGGGAGAGCGCAGGGACAAAGCUAUAAAAGAACUUCGAGAUCAGCUGGCAGCAAAACAACAAUGUGGAGCUGUGGGUGCUGAGAAACAGAAUUUCUGGGAAACCUCUGGUUUCAAGAUUGUAGUUUCUAUGUCAAUGUUGAUCUUGGUGGUGUUUUCAAAGCGGUGAUUUCAUCUUGUUAUGUGGGUGUUGUGUAUAAUGAAUACCUGAAGAGUUUAGGAAAGCCGUAGAGCCAUUGCCCUUGUAGAAAGGCUUGUAGAUGUAGUACAGAAUCUCAGUAUCAGUCGAAAUACCAUCUAUCCUUAUUGUGGUGAUUUCACUGUUAGGCCGACAACAUGCAUGAGAAGUUUUCUUCCUUUUUCCUGUAUCCCCAUUAUUGCUCACUGGCUACACUGCACGUUAUCAUGAUGACCAAACAUUCCCAAUUCUUCAUGCUUUAUACUGUGUUGCAAGGAUUACAUUACAUUAA